AUGGCGUGGACAGAAGAUAUUUAUCCACACUUUGAGCCGUAUGAUCCUCGCGCUUUUCAGAUAUUUCCUGCUCCUCAGCAGCCCACCACUAUCCUGCAGCAGCUCCCAGCGACCAUGAUGCCUCCUGGCUCUGCUUCCAUUAGCCCUGGUGGUCACGUCAAGGAGGACCUUGUAGAGCUGAUGAUGAUCCAGAACGCCCAGAUGCACCAGGUCAUCAUGAAUAAUAUGACCAUGUCAGCUCUCAGCUCAUUCGGAUACUCCAGCCCUGCGCCGGGCCCUGCGACUCCCAGAGACCUGGUUAUAAUUCAAGAGAAUGAGACUGACCCAGAGGUAUACCACCACUAUUACCAGCCUGCCCCUCAUCUGUCCUACCCUGCAUGGCUGCUGCCUGGGGCCACAGUGGUCUACCAAGACCCCAACAAACCCACAUCCACUCCUCCACACAGAGACAGGCCUGCUCCCCCACGCAGCAACACUGAUGCCGUAAGAGCAGACGUCACACCUGCAGCAGAGAACAACAGUGCUGCUGAGCCAGAAGCAGAGAAGAAGAGAGGCUGA